CGCAAUCGCAAUGAAAAUACGCACCCCCGAACCCCCAAAGACAUGAUUGUGUUCCAUUUGAACCGCAGGUUCAAGCCCUACUGUCUGGGGGCCCUUGUUUUGUACAUUUUCCUGGUCUAUUUUUUCGAGGUUUUUCACCUGUUUGGCACGUGUCCCCCUCACGACCCCAUCGACGUGGUGUACACGUGGGUGAACGGUUCCGACCCACGGUUUGUGGAAAACUUAAAAUACUACGUGAGGAAAUGCGAUUCGUGGAUUGAUUUCUCCCGAUAUGAUGACAAAAACGAGCUUUUGUUCUCUCUGAGGUCACUGGAGAAGUACGCACCGUGGGUUCGCCACGUUUUUAUCGUUACCAAUGGGCAAAUACCAUCAUGGUUGAAUCUGGAUUAUGAGGGGGUUAGUUUGGUCACCCAUGAGGAGAUUUUCGAAGAUAAAUUCAAUGUCCCGAGUUUUUCUAGUCCUGCCAUCGAAAUGCACCUGCAUAGAAUUCCUGGCCUUUCGAAACGGUUUAUUUACUUCAAUGACGAUAUUUUUCUACAUGCGCCCCUUUUCCCCGACGAUUUUUACUCCCAAAGUCGCGGUUUUCUCAUUUAUUUAUCCACGUUAUUGCCCCCUUGUUCACCCGAAUGCUCCUGGCUGUUCGUAGCCGAUGGUCAUUGCGAUAAUGUUUGUAACAAUCCCAACUGUCAACUGGAUGGGGGCGACUGUGACACGAACCCGAAGACAUCACACGGAGAUGUUAUUAUAGACGACUACGAUUUGGAAAAUAUCACAUAUUCGGCGCAAAAUUUCAGCCAAAAUUUGGCCCAAAUCGAAAAAAUUAACAUCUCGCAACUCAUCCAACAACACAACCGAAAAAUCCUCCUGCUGGAUAAGUUAAAACGCCACAAAACACGCAAAAAAUCCGUCAAAAUUGUUGAUCCAUACACCGCGUCACUCCAGCACACGAAUCGAAUUCUGAACGAUUUUUACGGUUUUUCCGUACGAAAAGUCCCAGCACACGCACCUAUAAUGAUCGAUAGGGACAUAAUGAACGAAAUGCAGCGAAAAUUCGAAAAACACUUCGCUAAAACGGCCAGAAACCGGCUCAGAAGUGUGGACGACGUCCAGUUUGCAUUCUCCUACUAUUACUACAUAAUACACGAGAAAAUAAUCGCGGAUAUUGAUCAAAUUUUUGAUAAUUUUGAUACGGACUUGUCCGGAAUGUGGUCGCAAAGUGAAAUUCGGGCCGCCAUGACAAAACUGUACGAUCUUCCACUAAAUGAUGAAGCUUUUCAACAUUUUGCUUCCAUUUUAAUGAAUUGUUCCAACUCGGAUUUCAUUGUUACGAAAAGUUUUGUGCAAAAAUGCCCAACGUUGGCGCAAAUUUUGCAAACACAAUUCGCCACACAACACAGAUUUAAAUUCGAGUUGAUUAAAGACUCCGACAAGAGAUUCGUCACUUUUAAGAUGCUAAACUCGAAUUUGACUCAAGUUAUCAACCAGCUGGACGAUGUCCUGAGAAAUGAAAGGAAAUUUGUGUGUCUCAACGACAAUCUGGACCACUCUCAAACGACAAACAAUGAAAUAAUUAAAAGACUGAUGUUUGAUUUUUACACGUCCUUAUUUCCAGUUCCUAGCAAAUUUGAGUUGCCUCAAAAGUACAAAAACAGAUUUUCCUACAUCGAAGACUACAAUUUAAUGAUGGGGAAGAAACACGAGAAGUUUCUUCUGGCUUGUGUUUUACUACUCGUGAUAUUGUUGGUUUUAUUUGGUAAAAAAUUGUGUAAAAUAAUAAAAAUUUUUGUCUUGUAAA